ACUUAGUGGCUUUGGGGAGUGGAUCCAAAUUGUGGGCUGAAGGCUUUGCAUUCGUGCGUCUGGCACACGACCGGGGUGCAUUGACCGGUGCAUUAAACUGAAAACCCCUUCUUGGAGAAGAAAAGCUGAUGCGACAGUUUGAGUGCAGGAUCAUACGCGGUACUGUAUGUCAACGCCAGAUAAUGACCCCAGCGAGGCUGCAAAGGCGGUGGGAAGACAAGGAAGUUGACUCAACGAAUCAAGUGGCAGAAGGAUGCAAUCAUAGUGGAUGUAAACUAGUCGACAACUUUCUAUGCACCCUUGCUGCAAAUUUCUCAACAUUGCGCAUUUGGCUACAACCUGCAAGGCAGACAGUCCAAGAUAUUUCGUCUGUUUAAAUUAGUUGAUUAAAGCAACAGUAUUGUCUAUUUAGUUGCUGUUUUGAAACCCAUGCAAUUAUUUCAUAUUUCACAUGAUUUCCACUUUUAUCAAUAGGGCUAUUGAGCUCUCAUUUGUACUGCUGCCGGUAGCACUUGCACGCCUCGCCAAAAUAAUGUGAGCAUUUGGAUUGGAUUUCACAAAAAAAGGGAAACGUGUCGCUGUAAUGAAGUUAAUAUGAACAUUUCGAAUAGUCUGCAAUGGUAACCGGGGAAUGUGGAACGACCAUGCAUCGAAUUCUGCGGAGGAGAAAAGUGCGCAAACUUCGCUUCGUCUGGGCAUUCAUGGCCAUGGUGGCUCUGUCGCUCUCCGCCUGCAGCGCACUGUUUACGGCGUGGACCUGGAGACAGACGCGGGACCUGUCCCAGUCAUUAAAAACUCUGCAAGACCGAUUGGAGCAGGUGAAUACUCAGCGGAAAGCCAUUGUCCAACUCAUCAUGGAGAAGAGAGAUUUGCUGGUGGGCCAAAGGGUGAAGAGAGAUGGGGGAACUGGGAAAGGGAAGAAUGGACAUGGAAAGAAAGUGGCUUCUCAGUUUGAGAUAACCAAAGAGUCUGUUCAGAAAGUGGGAGAGGACGGCUUGAUAAAAGGAUGGACGGACUCCGAGCACUUGAAUAUGAGCAAGGCGGUGAAGUACAACGCAGACAGAGGCAUCUUCACAGUGGAGAGAACGGGAGUCUACUUCCUGUACUGUCAGGUGUUGUUCAAUGAGAACCAGUCUCAGCUGGUGAAGCUGGACGUGGCGGUGGUGAGGGGGAGCCAGCGGCUUCAGAGGUUACAGUGCAUGGAGGGCUAUGGGACUACGCCUGCAGCUGGAUCACACCAGUUCCACUUCCUCAAACCCUGCCAGGUGUCCGGCCUGCUGCGGCUGGAGAAGGGGGUGGAGCUACAAGCCAUCACAGGCCCCGCUUUCAACCUCCACAUCACGGGAAAGCAUUACUUCGGUCUCUUUAAGGUCAACUGAGCUGCCGGAGAGGAUGGACAUUUUAAAAGGAAGGAGGAGAAACCUGUUUUAAAGGAAGUGUUUUGUCUUACUCCGACCUGUAUCAAAGAGACACACCAAUGUGAUAUUUCCGGAUUUGUUUUUAUUGUGAAAUCUGGACCAACGAUCUGAAUCGUUGGAAUAACUAUGAAUCAUGUUACCUACAGACACUCUGUAUGAUACCUUUUCAAAGACAGAAACUAUAAGGAAGACUUUAAAGUGAAACUAUAUUAUGCACUUCUAGACUCUCCAAGAGUUUCUACCCCUGCUUCUUUAAAGAUUUAAAACUAAUGGAAUAUUCUCUGGAUCAGUUGAUGGAGCUCUUUUGGAGCACAACACAUCCACCUGACUCUUCUUUCACCGUGACUUGGCCUGAAGACAGCAGGUGCGCCUCUCUGAGGAGCUAAGCUGGUGGACUACUGAAUUUUGGAUAAUGAGCUCUACAACUCUUGUCUCUUUGCCAUUGUAAUCCUAGCUUAUGUUAUUUCAGUAGCUUGGAGAUAAUAUAAGCAGCCCCCCCUUCAGAACAGCCUCAGUUCGUCGGGCUAUGAACUAUACAAUGUGUCGAAAGUGUUCCACACGGAUAUUGGCCCAUGUUGACUCCAAUGCUUCCCACAGUUGUGUCAAGUUGGCUGGAUGUCGUUUGGGUGGUGGACUGUUCUUGAUACACAUAGGAAAGUGUUGAGCGUGAAAAACAUAGCAGCGUUUCAGUUCUUGGCCACCUACUACCAUACAACGUUCAAAGGCACUUACAGUUUUUGUCUUGCCCGUUCAUCCUCUGAAUGGCGCACAUACACAAUCCAUGUCUCAAUUGUCUCAAAGCUUAAAAAUCCUUCUUUAACCUCUCUCCUACCCAUCACCCCUUUAUCUACACUGGUUGAAGUGGAUUUAACAAGUGACAUCAAUAAGGGUAUGGAUCAUAGCUUUUUUAUGUCAUAGAAGGAGCAGGUGUUCUUAAUGUUUUGUACACUCAGUGUAUCAGUUUUGUACACUCAGUAUAUCAUCUUACCAAAAGUAUGCAUCUCAAUCUGUUAACAUUAUAGGCCUAUCAUAUAUAAUUUUCAGAUGCAAAUAUUGUUCUGUUCACAUUCAACUAAACAGCUGACAACGAACCUUUUUAAAGGAAUUUUCCCUGAAGUACACCAAGUUCGCAUUCCUGGUAAGCGAUGCGCACCUCGGCUCAAGCCUUAAAAAAAACGUUGAAAGUCCAUGAUAGUGCACUGCGCUAUGACACGCAUUGGAUUGAACCCUGACCUGUAUGUGAAAAUAAGGGUCAACGUGUGGAGAUAUUUCAUGGUGGAAAUAGAAAUGAUUUUGUAUAUUGUAUUCACAAUGCUUGUACUCAUUCCAAAGCGCUCUUACGUGCCAUUUGCAGCAGUAUGUUAUGAAUACAGACAGUACAAACAAAGUAUUUCUAGCAGGUGGUUUGGUUUAAUGUUUUACCACUCCUACUCUGGUUAUAAGUAGUAUGUGGGGGACCACAUUGGUUUCUGCUCAGCAAUUUCCACACGUGCACGCACGCAUGCACACACACACACACACACACACACACACACACACACACACACAGCAAAAGUCAAGUUAUUCUGGUUUCCAGCUCUAAACGUCAUUUCUCAUCAUUAGAUCAAAAGUGUAAAAUGUGGUAUUGUAAUGUAUACAUAGUUCUUGUUUGAUUUCCUAAUCCUUCUCCGCUUCGCCUUUGUGUUUACCCCUUUUGCACCUCCCCUCACACACACACACACACACACACACACACACACACACACACACACACACACACACACACACACACACACACACACACACACACACACACAGCUCCUCAACUCUCACUUCCUGAUUCCAAUCUUGAACCAAAUAGCUGAAAGCUUUUGAUGAAAAACAUGCCGGGCACUUCCCUCCCCAAUUCCUUUUAUUUGAAAUGUCAAAGUUUAUUGCCACUUUAAAAAGCCUUAUUUUGCACAAAGAGGCCUUUCGCUGAGAAGUCUAACAAGUAGGGAAAGGUUGAAGAACCAGUGAGGGGAUAUUGUGUAUAUACAUGUUUGCGAAAUUAUGUCUGCAACGCUGGUUGUUGUUCUAAACUCACUUCCUAUAAAAAUGUUAACCUUUUUAAGUCUUUUUCCGUUUAAAUAUCUCCUUGUGUUCGCUUUUGACUCAGACCAGGGAUUACUACUGUACAGAGACAGGAUCUUAAUUUGAGCCAUUUUGCUACAGCAGGAAAAAAAAUCCUGAAGCAACAGGAAAUGUAACUAUUAUGUGGAUUAUAAUUAAAAUACAUUUUUGUAGGGUUUGAUACAAAUUUCAAAGUGGAAAUUACAAACUUCAGAAGCCUUUUUUAAACCUCAAAUACACUACAAGUUUUAGAUGUCCUGAAUUGCAGGAAAGAUCUACUGCAACAGGGUGAUCAAAUUAAAAUCCAACAUAUGUACUAUGAUACAGUAUGACACAAAACCAAUAAAUCAACUUCUUGUCAUCUUCUAACCCCAUUCUUCUCCGGCUUCCCUCGAUGACAUCACUGUAUUGAUGACAUCACUGUAUUGCUGAAUAGAAUGCGUGGAAUCCUGCUCUGUUCUAGUUCUUUAAUCAUGACUCACACACUACUGUGUACUCAGUCGUCACCACCUGUGAUUCAUAGAUCUGUAGCUUCUCAAGGUCUGGACUGGGAUGACCUCAUGUGGGGGCUAGAGAGGACUCAGUCACAACUUACCUGCGUCACGUUAUAUCCUGUAGCGUAGCGUCACUAUGCUCCCUAUCCUAUUGUAGUAUCCUGUAGUGUAACCGAUGUGAAAUGGCUAGUUAGUUAGCGGUGGUGCGCGCUAAUAGCGUUUCAAUCGGUGACGUCACUCGCUCUGAGACCUGAAGUGGUUGUUCCCCUUGCGUUGCAAGGGCCGCGGCUUUUGUGGCGCGAUGGCUAACGAUGCUUCGUGGGUGUCAGUUGUUGAUGUGUGCAAGGGUCCCUGGUUCGAGCCCGGGUUGGGGCGAAGAGAGGGACGGAACCUACACUGUUACAGUAGCAUGGUAUAGUAUUCUAUAGAUUUUUACCCAUGAUCACUGAAUCAGUGUGUGUGUGUGUGUGUGUUUUCCUUACUGUUGCUAUUCAAGCAUCCAUUCAUAAUUUUUUUUAAAUGUGUUUAUUUUUAUUACAAACAAAACCCCAAAUAAAAGACAAAGAGAUGCAUUAUUAUUGUGGCAUCACUGCCACUCAUUGUUUCAUCGAUCGGCAUCAUAACAACGUACACAGGAACACAAGAUAUCAAGAAAUGAAAAACAAAACAAAAUCUGAAAAAAAUAACAAAAAAAUAAAAUGAGAAAAGAAGUGCUUGAUUUGACAGUAUACAUUCUAGUUACGGGGUUGCAAAACACUUCCUACGAAACGUAAUUAGUGAAAUGUUGUUUAGACUCUUCAACUUGGAACAUCACUGUGGAGUAUCCAGGGUGUUAGCUAAAUAAAUUAAAUGUUUCUACUUUAAUUAUUUGAAAUAAGUCCAGGGAACUAACUAAAAGUAGACUAUUUCAACUAGCAUAUAUAGAGUUUACAUCUCCUGAUCUAUUCAGGUUUAACACACUUAAUUCAGACAUAACUUUCUUUACAGUUAUUUCAGCUAUGUUAUGUUUAAGGCGUAUUUGUGGAUACAGUAUAUAAAAUUGACUCGAUUCAACUAACAGCUUCUGAGUUUCCAGA